AUGCGUUCGCUGGUUUGGGCUGUCAUUGCUACGCUUAUCGUUUUAACGCCAUUCUCUGAAGCAACCUCAUCCAUUGCAUCCAACAAUGAAGAAUUCAAGCAAAACGUACGAGUUGCAUCAUCCUCUUUGGAACAAAAGGGAACAAUUGAAGACAGCGUCAUUACAAGGAAGUUGCAAAGUGACAGCGUCAAAAAAGGAGACAGCACUGGUCUCGAAGAGCGGGGCGGGUUACAUGUGCCUACAAUUCAUGACAACAAGAUAGUACAAGGUUUUUAUAAGGUGAUGCGAUACCUUCGACAGAAACUGGGUAUAGACUUCUUGCUCACUCGGCUUCGCUAUGGGAAGAAUGGUUCCCAUCAACCCAAUAUGGGAUAUUCAAGAGUUGACCACUAUCACUAG